AUGGCGGGUGUUGCGAUACGCGUGCCAAAGCCGAAGAUGACGAUGAGCGCCGUCCAGGGCAAGAUCUCCGUCUUUGCCGAAGAUGGUGAGCGGAUUGGUCAGUGGGGCGGCACCGAAUGUUUCCUCUCUCGCCAAAGCGGGCUCGGGCCGUGCCUCGUCGUUCGCUCCAGCCGACACAAGAAGCACGAGGGCACCUUCUUCCAGCUGGCGCGGUUGCAGCGGGUCGUGUCGACGGGCGUAGCACAAGGACGAUUGACAGUGAUGGUGCCGCAUGAAAAGCGGCAGUGUAGCGUGUUCAUCGACACGACCGAGGACUUGGAUGAGCUGCGCAUGAUGGCCGGCGUGCUUCAGGACAAAGCGCGGUGGAAGGACAUGGAGCGCAACGUGGCGAACAGAAGUCACAAGGGCCCGCAGCGUGGCGGAAAAGGGGGCGUUGGCGGUCGAGGCAGUGGCGACUUGCGGGACCCCGGCCUUGCACAGCUGUCGGGCAGCGGCGUGGAUAACGAUGAUGACUACGACUCUUCCGGCGAGGAGACUAGCAAGAAUCAUCACGACAGCAACACAGCCGCCCCCAGAGCAGCGCAGGGGGACUUAUUCGCUGCGCACUCGAUGGCGGAAUCGACGACGCCCAUGACCUCAUCGCAGCCUUCCGUUCCUCAGAGGAGCACGGUGCUACCUGGCGGCAGCAGCAGCAAUACCGGAAAUAGCAGCGGCCCUAUCACGUCACUGACGGCGGCCCAGCAGCAGCGGUUGAAGUGGACGAGUGAGCAACAGCGCGCGGUGCAGCUUGUGCGCGCUGGCCACAAUGUCUUUGUGAGCGGUGCUGCUGGAACGGGCAAGACGGAAUGGUUGCUUCACGUCUUGCAGCACGUCCUACCUCGCACGCGGCAGCACCGUGGUGCGAAGAGCGAUGCAAAUCGGGGGGCUGAAGACGAGGAACAGGAAAAAGCGGUGGAAACUGGGCGAGUCGCAGUGACUGCCGCCACUGGCAUCGCCGCUCGACUCAUCGGCGGCAAAACGGUGCACGCCUUCUCUGGCAUCGGUCGCGGCGAGGGCGACCCAGACGUGAUCCUGCAGCGCGUGCAGAGCAAGCCGGACGUCGUGCGGGCGUGGCAGCGGUGCGAGGUGCUCGUCAUUGACGAAAUCAGCAUGCUCUCCUCGCACACAUUCGCCCUGCUCGACCGCGUCGCACGCGUGCUGCGAGCCCCGUUGGCGCCCCCCGCCUCCUCCUCGCAGCGGCGACAGAGAACGAGCAACGCGGCACUGCCGUUUGGUGGGAUUCAGCUGCUGGUGGUUGGCGACUUUCUGCAACUGCCGCCGGUGUCGCGUGGCGCUGGCGAGGAGGUGCAGCCCGCCUUCAUGGCUGCUGUAUGGCGUGCCUGUGCUUUUCAGCAACUUGUCUUCACGAAGGAUUACCGUCACGCCGAGGACCCGCGCUUUGCCGAGUGCUGUGCGGCGGUGCGGCGAGGCGAAUGCACGCCGCUGGUGCGGGAGGUACUCGAGGCAUGUUUGGGGCGCAAACUGGAGGAACGCUUCGGCGUCGAGGCUACCACUCUGCUCGCGCGCCGCAAAGACGUGGACCGCUACAACGCACAGCGGCUGCAACAGCUGGAGUCGAUGCAGUUCCAGCGCUAUGCAUCCGAGGACUACGCAGCCGUCCCUGGCGCCGACAUCGAUGCCGAGGUGUCGCUGCCCUCUGUGUUAACCUUGAAGGUGGGUGCGCAGGUGGUGCUCCUCGCAUCCCUGCCGAACGAGCCGAGCCUGGCCAACGGCGACCUUGGUCUCGUUGGGGGCUUCGUCGAACAGGCGCAUGGCCCCGCGUUGCCGCUCGUUCGCUUCUCCACCGGUGUAGAGGCUGUCGUGCCCUCCAUCACAAUGGAGGUGCACGGGCGAGACGGCCGCCUCAGCCUAUCCAGGCGUCAAGUGCCUCUGCAGCUGGCCUGGGCGCUGACAGUGCACCGAGUGCAGGGCAUGACGCUGCCCAUGGUCCGCCUGGCGCUGGACAAGUCAUUCUUCGAGGCAGGGCAAGCGUACGUGGCGCUGUCGCGAGUGCGCAAAGCGGAGGACUUGAGCUUGACAGUGCUGGACCUGGACGUCGUCGCCGCGUGCGCGUCGGCAGAGGCGCGAGACUUCUACGGGCUGGGCACGGUCACGUCGGUGCCGUCCUCGCAACCUGUCACAACAAGGGCUGGCAGCUCACCUCCUCUCGAGUCUGCGCUGCCCCCGGAAAGAGAUACCGCGUGUGCGAAGGGGUCACUGCGCACCGACGGCGUCUUUGGCGACAGCCGUGUUACUGCCACCUUGAAGCGGGCCAAAACGGAGGAGGGGUAG